AUGAUGCUUUCUAUUGUAUUCGGUCUGGUUUUGUUUCUCAUUUCUCUGGUAUCUGCUGCUCCACCAUCUUCAACCGUUCCUUCGGACAAACACGAAGCUAAAGAAGCAAAUAAAUGCCUGGAGCUUACCUACCCUUCCAAUGGAACCGUUUGGGAUACCUACGGCACUUAUGAUGUUACUUGGACUGUCACAGGAGAAUGUCAAGAUAUAAAUUACGUUUACCUUCUUCCAGUAUCUCAAGACGAAGACGGAGAAGUUGUUUUUGGAGAGCUUUACCAUAUGGAGGAAGCACUUGACAUUGACUCGGGUCACUUUCCUUUAAAUCUUGACUCUCGCGAAGUCGAAGGAAACUACGUAUUUGCCGUUGGUCCUAAAGUAGAUGAUUGGUCUGACUAUUCAGAUUUUGCUGUUAUUAGUAUCGCUUGA